AUGGCAACUUCACUUCUAGGGGAAGAACCAAGGUUAGGAUCAACUCCUCUGGCCAUGUUAGCUGCAACUUGUAAUAAAAUCGGGAGCCCAAGCCCCUCUGCAUCAUCUAUUUCGGAUAGUGCCUCUUUCGCGAAAGGAUUUCACCCGUGGAAACGGGCAGCGCCGAGCAGCUGCAGCCUUGGCUCGAGCCUCCCCUCGUUCGGAGUGUCGGGAGCAGCGCGGGGUGGUGCUGGGUUGGCGGACUCCUUCUGCGUGAACGGAUCUCCCGGGUCCAGCGCGUUCUCACUAACGACCAACUCAUCCACCACCCCGUUUGGAAACGACUACUCCGUUUUCCAGUCAUCUGUUACAAAUAGUUCUCAAGAACCCAGUCCACAGUCGGUCUUUAUCUCCAAGGUACACACUUCGGUUGACAGCUUGCAAGGUAUCUAUCCGAGGAUGAGCGUGGCGCAUCAUCCGUACGACUCGUGGUUUAAGUCCGCUCACCCGGGCAUCUCCGCCGGGGACGUGGGGACUGGGGGGACAUCGGCCUGGGCGUGGGACAUGGGACCAAGCUGGAUUGACGUUCAGGGCACAAACGGCGCGGCGCUUCAGACAUCGCUUCACUCUCCCCUGGGAGGAUACAACUCCGAUUACACCACGCUCAGCCACUCCGCCUUCAGUGCGAGUCCGUCGCCUCACCUCCUCGGUGGUGGACAGCACCUGAUGGACGGAUUCAAGCCGGUGCUCCCGGCCACCUACCCGGACACGAGUCCCACGUCGUUAACAGGUGCUAACGGCUCCGUCAUGUCCGGUUCUCCUGCGGUCUCUCUCGCGGGGUCUCCGCGCUCCUCCGCCCGGCGCUACUCAGGGAGAGCCACGUGCGACUGUCCGAACUGCCAGGAGGCGGAACGGCUCGGUCCGGCGGGUGCCAGCUUGCGCAGAAAAGGGCUACACAGCUGCCACAUUCCGGGCUGUGGGAAAGUGUACGGGAAGACGUCUCACCUCAAGGCACACUUGCGGUGGCAUACCGGGGAGAGACCGUUCGUGUGCAACUGGCUGUUCUGCGGGAAACGGUUCACCAGGUCCGACGAGCUGCAGCGACACCUCCGCACACACACUGGUGAGAAACGGUUCGCCUGUCCGGUGUGCAACAAGCGCUUCAUGCGCAGUGACCAUCUCAGCAAACACGUGAAAACUCACACUGUGGGAGGUGCGGGAGAGCCAGGAUCCGGUAACGGUUGUAAAAAGGGUAGCGACACCGACAGCGAGCAGAGUGUUCCGGGUAGUCCGUCGUGCCAUUCUCCUGACCUAAUGCAUCCAAAUGAUUCCGUCCAAACGGCGGGACUGAACGGUCACAAUGCAAUCAACUAGAGGUCAACACAGACUCU